CAGAUGUGCGCGGCGGCGCAUUGCAUAGUCUGCGGUGCGACGAGCGCGAAGUACAAGUGCCCAACCUGUCGUUCGCCGUACUGCUCUGUGAGUUGCUGCCGCACGCACAAAGAAACACCGUGCUCGAAACCCGACACCACGGCACCCUCUACGGCGUCGCCGCGGAAAGAUCAGCCCGUCACCGCUUCGGAACCCCGCCCGAAGCGGCCGUUCGAGGAAGAGGACGCGGAGGACGAAGACGGCGCUCGACUUCGAAGGAAGCACCUGAUCUCCAUCGCCACGAGCGACGAGAUUCGAUCCGCGCUCGGCGACGAGCGCGUCGUGAACACCGUCAUCCGUAUCGACGCGGCGAUAAAGGCUGAGCAAGCGUUAGACGCGGCGUGUGAAGACCCUGACUUUAGAGAGUUCACGGAGAAGGUGCUCAACAUCUUAGCUGCGGAGGACGAAACCGAUUGACCUGAACGAGUAGCAGCCCAUUGGCACUUCGCACGAUGUUCAAGGCGUUCAAGGAAAAGACUGCGGAGCUCAAGGAUAAGGCGAAACAACGGAUGAGCAUGGCGAACGAACAAGGACGGAGACUGAGGGAGAAUGUCGAGGUCAUGACUGGGGUGGACAAGGCUCGCGAACGUUUUGCGCAAGCGCGAAAUCCAAUCGGCGGCAGCAGCACAGCAGCGAGACUCGGCGGGUUUUCAGGCGCGGCGACCGCGGCGACGUCGCUGAGCAAUGCAUUUUCGAAGAUUGGAUCGAGUCCGUACAAAUCCGCCGCGGCUGCGAAAUCGCAUCCGGACGCGGAAGCUGCUCGACUCGAACGCGUUGCGGAGGAAACCAAACCGCGAGAUGCUGCCGCGGAGGGCGAUGCGUCCACCGCCGGCGACGCGGUACUCGCAGCUCUUGAGCCCGGAUAUUACCUUCCCGAGGAAGAUUUCGACCCCGUGAGACACGUCCUUCAAUCGAUCGCAGCGAAUAAAGGAGAGCUCACGACGGACGUGCUUCAUAUAGAAGAAGAGCAGCUGUCAAAUGUUGUCGAGGUGGUGUCGUCAAAACUUUCAAAGGAGGUUCUCGAUCACAAAACUGAAUUCGUUCAGGGAUGGAGCAAUAUCACAGAGCUGACAAGUAACCUCGAGCAAAGCUUCGUGAUUGUGAAGAAUGGACGACGGAACAUCUCCUCCGCUAAAGACAGCGUCGCCGGUGCGCUUCGUGUUGCAGAGUCUCACACGCGCAAACGUUCUCUCCUGUCAACGCUUGACCUUCUCGUUCGUGUGAGGGAGUGCCAAUCUUUGGAGGCUGAAAUUCGAGCGAGCCUGGAGUCAUGCUCUUAUGUCGAUGCCGUGUGUGAAUAUGCUGCCGCGAUACGUACGUUGAAAACACUGGAAGGGCUGAACUGUGCUCAAACGUUAGGUCAAGAUCUCCGUUCACUUCAGUGGGAUUUAGUUCAAAGCAUCGAAGGCGUGCUUUUUACGAUCUGCGGCGAUUUUCAACCUGUCCGCUACCUUCCUCUCUUCGAAGCGUAUUUGCUCCUCGGAUCUGAGGUGAAGCCUCUUGGUGAUAAGGUUCAGGAAUGUUUCUUACGCGCUGUGGAAAAUCAAACCGAAGGAAUGCUGAGGCUGCACUCGAUGCAGCGAGGAGGACGAGCGGACAACGAUGACGUAGUGGAGAGAAAAUCCAGGAUGGGAUACAAGGAACUUUGUCAACAACUCUCGUCCACGCAGUUCUUUCCAUGCUUCCAAAAGACCCUGGAGGUUCUUUUCGAUUUGCUGUGUAGCCAUCAUAGGAUGCUGCAGUGGCACGAGGCUGAAGCGCAAACUCUGAGAGCGAAACUCGCGGGCGCGUCAUCGGAUUCUUCUUCUGUUGGCGACGAAAAUGCGAGGGCAUCUGCUCGUGGUAAACAACAAGUGCAAGUCCGUGAAAAGAUCGAAUCUUGCCAAGCCGUCACCGCGGCACUGGUACGCAGUCGUCGUGCGAUCGCUGACAUGGCUGGGGCUCGCAUCGCGGCUCUACUCCAAGCAUCAUCUGCUCCUUCUUCCGGUCACUUCCGCGCGGUCCUCGACUGGGCCCGGGCUUUCAUAGAGGCAGCAGAGGCGUUCUCCGGCACGCAAGCGUCCACGUUGAGAGGACAUUUAGAACGUGCUGGGGAUCGUUAUUUCGAAUCCCUACACGCGCAACGUCUCGAAGCUUUGCGGCAGAUGCUAGAUAGCGAAGUGUGGGCACGGCUUCCAGACGCCGCGGCUGAGCAAGUCCGCGCGGAUCUUAGAGCUGCUGCGGCGCGUGGAGGCGGGCGAAUUGCGUCCGGAACGAGCACCGACACGAGUCGCCAAUUAGCAGACGACACGUCAGGAGUCUCGAUAGACGUGUCAGGGAGCGGGAGAUUCGGCGUCGCAGCGUUCGGAGGCGUCGCGGAGGAUGGAAGCGCGUUCGAAUCACUAGUGCAUAAGGGGAAUCCGUUCACCGAGGGGGCGAACAGUAGUGUUUCUAGUAAAACUGGGGAGCAAUCAACCUCAUGCUCGAGCGAAGGACCUGCAUCAUCGGAUGCCGGUACUAGUGCCGUGGUGAAUAUGCCGAUUGACGUCGACGACGAUGAAGAGGAUAUCGAGGUCAACGCCGCUUAUAUCGACGAGGGAGACGAUGACGACGACGACACCAUGGAUCCAGAGGUGAGGAAAGCGCGUCGGGAAGCUCGCGCUGCUGCGGCUGCUGCCGAGGCUUCGGCCGCUGCUGGCGGAGAAGGCGAAGGGAAAGGACUCUCCGCGCGUAAGCCGACGCUCACUGCGUCUUCACUCUACUUGCUCCAGGGCAUGGCAGAAUAUCUUCGGUUAAUGCGAACGCUCACUCCGUCAGUGCCUGUGAUCUUUCAGGGCCUCUGCGCACUCUUUGAGACAACGCUCGUGCGCAUGUUUGCAGCGUUUGGGCGGUACGAAGCGCUGCAGUCAAAUUCAGAUCAGGUCACGCCUCGGCUUCGAUCAACGCUCAUCCGUUUAACUAGCGGUGACACGAUCGCCGCUCUAAUGCCCAGUAAAGGUCCGGGAAUCGGCACCGAAGCGUGGAGCGUUCUUUCCUCUGGAAAUCUUUACGGUUUGAAAGAACGCGUGAUUGCCUUGGAGUCUCUCGCGUGCAUCGCGGAAGAGUUCAAGCGUCUUAAACCAGGACUCACGCAGGCUCUUCCACCUAAAGAAGAACACAAGCUUGAACGUUUUUUUGGACAGACUAUCUCGAGCGUGGAGGAUCUUCGCGAACACGUGUACUGUCACGUUUCCGGUUUACUCCUGAACCUUUCGUGGGUUUCCGAGGCGGUUGGAGACAGUGACAAGUUGAGCGAUAAACUCAAGAUUGGUAAGUACGCGAAGAGGGAAGUGAGCACGGAUCAUAACAAGUGGGUUGAUGAUCUUUCCACGGAACUUACGCAGUUCGGCGCGAAGCUGGCCUGUGCUGAAGUUACCGCGGAAGCACUCACUAUGCUCUGGAAUUUUGCAAUCGCGGAGACGUCAUCCUCGAUCGUCGCAGGUUUGGCGCGCGUGCGGAAGUGUUCGUCCGAAGGUCGAGCGGGCAUGGCUUUGGAUGUGCAGAUGCUCUACAAUAAUGUUCGACAUUUGGCGCCCUCGGGUUCCAGCCAAGAUUUUCGACUCGUGGAGAAUUACAUCAAGGCUUUCUACACGCCAGAUUCUGAACUCGUCUAUUGGUGCCAAACGCACCCGGAGUAUACGUCUCAACAGAAGGUUGCUUUGAUCAAUCAAAUCGCUGGAGCGUUCGCGUGGACGCAGUCCAAGAAAACGGAAUUACUCGCCGCGAUGGGUUCGAACGAGUUAUUGUAGCUAGCAGAGUUGUAGCUUUGUGAAAGAACGGAGCUAUUUGGUCGUCGUAAC